GAGAGCGAGAAAAGGUUCGAGAAAUGUAACCGUAAAUGCGUAACCAAAAAUUUUCAUGCAACGAAAUGCGAAAACCGUUAAUAAAAAGUUAUCAUUAUUACGUUUUCCGAUGCGCAGUGUCACGCUCUGUUGACCGACCAAAAAAAAGUGGCGGCAAGCGCGGGAAGUUUAGCAGACGACAGUUGAGCGUCUCUUGGGAAUCCCGCUCUGCGACCGCCACUCGACUGCGCCCUCACGAAAAUGUCUUCCGAAGACCUGCCUCGUUUCAGCCUCAUCCGAGAAUACUUCUCGGAUGAAGAAUGGAACACCAUGUCAUUCUACGUGAAAUCAAGGAUGACAAAUCUCAAGGAAAACUACGAUCUUCUCCUAGGAAUGGGCUGCACUCCACCGGUGCCCGACUUCAUCAAGCCCAAGCCCUCAUCAAGACCUGGAUCGGCAGGGACAAAGCAGGCCUCGACCACUGCCGCCGCAGCACCAUCCGGGAAGGAGAACAGGCCCCCCAAGAGCGCCGUGGCGGGAGCAGCGACGCCCCUGCAGCGAGGAAGUUCCCGCCUGGCUUCGAGGCCCUGCGUGAAGCCACUCUUCGCUGCGCAGGAGAAGCAGGAGGAGGAAUACGAUCCCGGAGAGGGCACCUCGAGCCAGACGCGGUACCCGAAGCGCAGCCGCAAGUCCGUCAACUACGCCGAGUGCGAAGUUCCCUCCGAGGACGAGUUCUUCUACUGCCUGGAGUGCGGCGAAGACCGGCACGGCGACUGUCCCGUCCACGGACCCCUCGAGUUCGUCAAGGACACACCGGUUCCCCCGGGAGACCCCCAGCGGGCGAACAAGACCCUGCCCGAGGGUCUGACGCUGGCCCGGUCCUGCAUCAAGGGGGCCGGGAAGGGGGUCUUCACCCUCAGGCCCCUCCCGGCCAGGCUGUGCUACGGGCCCUACGAAGGCGUGCGCUUCACCGGCUCCGGCGGGGGCAACGGAUACACCUGGAAGGUGCGUGGCCGGGGCGGCUACCUGGUGGACGCCCGGCCCCUGUCGGAGUCCAACUGGAUGCGCUACGUCAACUGCGCCCCCAGCGAGAAGAGCCAGAACCUCGUGGCCUUCCAGCACAGGGGAGGCGUCUACUACCAGACAAAGGCCAAGAUAGCGCCGGGGACCGAGCUGCUCGUCUGGUACGGGGACGAGUUUGGCGCCGAGCUAGGACUCGUCGAAGCCAAGGACGGAGCCCAGAAGAAGCACCAAGAAGAGGCACCGUCCCUCGAGGGGCCAGCGGAGAGCUUCGCGUGCGGGGACUGCGACAGCGUCUUCGCUUCCCUCGAGCACCUCCAGGGACACCGGAAGAAGAUGCACGGGAGGAGAGAGGGCAGGCACCGAUGCGGUCACUGUCCCUACUCCAGCGAUAAGAAACCAGACCUAGUCAGACACGAGCGCACCCACACGGGAGAGAGGCCCUUCGAGUGCGGCACCUGCGGCAAGGCUUUCACGAUACAGUACAGCUUGACCACGCACCAGAGGGUGCACACGGGCGAGCGGCCUCAUGAGUGCCCCGAGUGCGGGCAGAAGUUCGCUCAGCUGGCAAACUUGAGGACGCACGAGAGGACGCACAGCGGAGAGCGGCCCCACGUCUGCCCUGAGUGUGCGAGAGGAUUCGUUGAGAGAGGUCACCUCGCAAGGCACAGGCGAACCCACUCCGGCGAGAAGCCCUAUGCCUGCCACCUGUGCUCCUACAGGACCUCUGAUUUAAGCUACUUGAAGAGCCACGUGAUUCGGGUGCACUCAAAAGAGUAUCCCCACAAGUGCGGGGACUGCGGCAGAGGGUUCCUGCUCCCUUGCGAACUCAGAAACCACAUGAGGAGGCAGCACUCCUCCGACGACCAGGAGCGGUAGAUGGACUCCGUGAUGGGGGAGGGGGGAGGGCACCGGGUCCUAACGACACUGGGGAAACCCGAAGACAAGGGUGACACCGGCGAGUUCUUCUUUUGCUUUUUAAUAAAUACAUUGUACAUAGAA